AUGGCCACCGAAGACUUCAGCUUCCCCACCUUCACCGACACCACCUCCUCCGCCAUUGACUCCCCCCCUUUAUGGCGGUUGUCUCCGGCAGCUUCUCCUGAUUCUUCCCAUACAAAAGCAGAAGAAGAAGACAGUGACCAAGAAGAUGACUACCAAUUUUGUUUUCCAACUCACAAACCCACCCAAAGAAAGAGCUUUUCAUGGGUAGAGCAUGGCGGCCGAGCUGCAAAUUUGAACGAUGAAGAAGAUAAAGAAGAAAAAAUGGACAUGUUAUGGGAAGAUUUCAAUGAAGAAUUAUCCAUAAAAAGAAGUAGGAGUUCAUCAAGAUUUGAUUCUAAUCAUCAUCAUCUUCAUCGUACGGUUAAUAUGGGACGUGUUCAUCAGCUUCAAUCUCUGAGAUCGUCGAACAAAACUAGUAGUGCCAUGGUUUCCCCUAGGAAGAAUACUCCUGCAACAUCAACUGCUGGUUUUGUGGUGUUCAUGAAAGUUUUAAAGAAGCUUUUCUUGCUUCACAAUUCUCAUCAACCCCAUAUUUCUGUUCAUCAAAAUCAACGUUCUCGCAUCCGGCGAGUUAGAAAUCGAUCAUGGUGA